GAGCUGUUCUCGGACGUGUGCGUCUUGUACGAGCAGAUCGACGCGUACUUCCCGCUCCGCUCGAACGGGUUCCCGCCCAUCAUCGUCUUUUGCGUGUAUAUAUGCGGCUCGCUCGCGUCGUACCUGUGGAAGUGGCCCCAGCUGUGCCCCGCGAUCGCGCCGCGCGCGGAGAAGAUCCUGCAGCGCACGUUGAGCGUGCUCACGGACCUGCAGCACGCGUGGCCCAAGGCAAGGAUAUGGCAGGCCUCGCUGCGCAACGCCGCCGUCGGCCUGCCCGAAUCGUCGUCGUCGCCGCCGGGCCUGCACGAUCGGCCGCUCGGGGUCAAGGCGUCCGAUUCGCCGCUGGCGUGGGCGGCUCCCGGUACCGUUCCCCGGCAGUCGGGCGGCCACUUGCAUGCCAUGAACGAGCCGUUCCUGCCCCCGCGGCGCUACGCGUAUGACGGCGCCGGCGGCGAGCAGGAGGCCGCGCCGUCCGCGUCGUCUGCGCCUGCGCUCGCGAGCCCCACUGGCUCCGGAGCGGCUGCGCCACCGCCCCCGCCGAACGGUAUGCUGUACGAGCUGGCGGAGAUCGCGACGGAGGGGCAUGCGCGCCAUUCGGGGCAGUCUGUGCUUGGGCACUCGCAGCCGCAGUCGCAGUCGCAGGCGCAGUCGCAGUCGCAUUCACACUUGCAUUCGCAUUCGCAUUCACAUUCGCAUUUGGAGUCGCAUUCGCAUCGGCAUCUGCACGCACAGCCUCAGCUGGAGCCUCUCGCGCAUGCGUACUCCCAACAACAACGACAACAACAACCCCUCGCGCAGCCUUCGCACCGCCAUCCCCAUCCUCAGCAGCAGCAGCCCCACCUCCCCGCAGACGCGUACUACCGACUCGAUGCGCUCUCGCUCCCGCCACCGCCGCCGCCACAGCAACAGCAGCAACAGCAGCUCAUGCACGCGGACGGCGCCGCGAGCGCGGCGACGUUCUCGUCGGAUUCGUUCGGGAUCGCGUGGAAUGCGUUCUUGGAGAGCGAUGGGAUGCCGAUGGGGUGUGGGCCGGAGGGGAUGCUGCCGCCCGAGUGGGGCGUAUAGGAGUGUAUAGGUUUUUUCCCCUUUCUUGCCUUCUUUCUUUUUUGUCGGUUGGCCGGAGUUCGAAGUUCGAAGUUCGGUUGCGCGCGCGUAUGUGUUGCUGUAGUGCUGUAUUGUCGUCGACUCGUCGGCUUUGUUCUGUUGUGCUAUAUCGCUGCUGUACCUUGGAGAUCUGCGCUCUGUCAAAUC